AUGAAUCUUACCUGGAAAAUCUUGCUCUUUUUCGCGAUCUUCCAAAUCGUCGCCGCCUAUGGUCGUGAUAAUGAUGAUAAUAAAUAUCUUCAAAUUUGCGAGGACAAGGAUAUUACCACUAAUGACCAAUAUUUUUCAUGCCUACUGAGAGAACUUGUGAGAGAGGGAUUGCAUCGCACAAAAAGCAUUGUAACUCUUGCGAAAAGAAUUUGGAAGCUUGAUGGAUCUCAAAUUGGCAAUAAUACAUUAUUGAUUUGUGUCAACAAAGAUCUCAAAAACAAAACAUCCUUGAUGCACAGUGAAAACAACAUGGUGUUUUACACUGGUUCUCAGGAGUUUUACAAUUUCUGCCGCCAAUUAGCUGAUCCCUAUUAUUCAUUUGAUUCACAAGAACCUGGAGAGUUUAUUAAGAUCAAAAUGGAUUGUAUGUGUUCUCGUGGAGAAUUUACUGAAGUUUUUAAUCAUACAGUGUGAGUGAGAUAUUUUUAUCCACUCAAAAAAUUCCCUAUAUAUUUUUCAGUCUCUUCAUCGUGAUGCUUGUAAUACCUGCUCUCCUGCUGUGCAUUUGUUGCCUAUGCCACCAAAUAUGUGCGACAGAAAAGAUUCACCCAAGACAAGAAAUGCCAAUGGUUUUGGUUAGAGGAAUCGAUAAACAACAAAACGAUUCUGGUAUUAAUGUUUAA